AUGAGCAAGACUCUUGCACAAGACCAGCUCCGGAUCUUCCUGGAUGGCGAGCUACCUCACGAUGGAUUCAAUCAACCACACCACUACAAACCUGGCCAGAAGAUCAAAGGCACAGCCAGCUACUCGCCUUCGACCGAAGUAAAAGUGCACACCAUGACCAUAAUCUUCAAAGCCACCCUCUACAACGAAGUCAAAGACAGCGGCCAAGCCUCUUACGGCUGCGUGCGCACAGGAAACCAAUCCCUCUUCCGCCACGAGAAGACGAUCCUCCAAGGUCCCCACAAAGUAUCUCCUAAACCUCACGAAUGGGCUUUCGAGUUUGAUCUCCCGGAGAAAAUCAAGGUGCCUUUUGUGGCAGACUUGCAGCCCGUGCCGCCGACUUGGAAUGUGAUUUCGGCGGCGCGAGUGGUGUAUUCGUUGAAGCUGUGUGUGAACCCGCAUCGCAAUACCAAUUCUACACAGAUUGAGCGCGAUAUCAACGUAUGGCCAUUCGAACACAUCGACUUGCCUCUGCCAACACCAGGAACACAACUCUUGCUCGCUCCCGAUCAGCCGAGGAUGAAUGCAAUGACAAGGCGCCGAUCAUCGACUCUGAGUCUAACGCAACAGCUCUCCCGCAGACGCUCUUCUGUCAUUAGUGUUUCCUCUCCACUCAAUCUUGCCAUCUGUCUUCCUUCCUCCCUAGGCGCAUGGCAAAAAUUCGACAUCAAGCUCGUGUGCCACAACAACGACAUUUCCGCAACCUCUGACGCUUCUGCCUCAAACUACAUUCUUCAGACUUGCGAACUGGCUCUCAAAGCCCAGGUCUCGUUUACCAACAACAGACCCCUACCCACCAACACCGACGACCCAAAACCGCCCAGCAUCUCCAUUGCAAAGUUUAAACUCCUCGGUAACGGGCUUGGGAUACCUACUUCUGCAAUCCCGGUCACGGUAAAAAGAGAUAUGAUGCUAGUAGACCUGACACGCGGGGAUGCCUCUAUGCUAGUCCCUGAUUUUGGCAUCGGUGCGUUUUCGCUGACGUAUCUCUGGGAUGUGGUUGUGCAGUUGCAAGAUUCAAAGACGGGGAGUGUAGUGGAGAGGAGAGCGGAAGUGCCGUUGAGUGUUUUGCCUGGUGGGUUGGCAGAGGAUAGGNGGGAUGGGGAUGAAGAUGCGCCGCCAGGGUUUCAUGAGGCGGUGGCGCCGCCGGGGUAUGAAGAAGAAGACGGUGUGUUGUGGGCUGGAGAGAUGCAUACGCCGGCAUACACACUUACAGCUUGA